AUGGCCGUUCAAACGACCCUGCAACCAGGCGGGGCUUCUGUAUCCGCCGCAUCGGCUGCGGGGCCCUCGCUCGGUAAUGGCGCCCGCUCAAACGCUCCAGUGAGGCAGGCGCACGACCGCGUGCUCGCCAUCCAGGCCUCCCUGCGCGAGAUUGUUCUCCAGACCGCCUAUGCGCUGCGCUCGCGCACGCAGCUCAUCAAGAUGAACCAGGCCGGGAACCCCGGCGCAGCUUUGCCUUCUGGCGCAGACGAAGCAGCCACCAGCCUCGAGCCCCUCGGCGCCGAGUGUGCCCGAUACCUCGCGCUCGUGCGCGGACUAAGAGAUUAUCUGCUACACGCUCAAGCUUCGCUCGAGAUCGAGCUGGAGAAAGCGACCAAGCGCGAGGCCGAGGAGGCACAGAGAGCCGCGGAAGCUGCGGCUGCCGCUGUCAAAGCAGACCAGGAGAGGCAGCAGCAGCAGCAGCAGCAGCAGCAGCAGCAGCAGCAGCAGCAGCAGCAGCAGCAACAGCAACAACAGCUGCAGCAACAACGACAGCGUUCGACUGAGACCGAAGAAAAGAAACCGGACGUCCAAGCAGGACCAAACAAGUCAUCGGCGCCAGCAUCGCAGGGACCGACCACCGCCGCCUCACCGACAACCGACCUCGCACCAAAUGUCGGCGAUGCAGCACCGAAGUCUGAGACAGCGGACGUGGACAUGGACCAGUCGAUUAGCACGCCGCCGCUUCCACCCAGGUCUCUUCCCGGUGAAGCUGAUCAGCCAGCCGUGGAUACGGCGGCGGAGCCGGCUCCGUCGUCAGUGCCGCCAACGACCGCAACGACCGCUGCUCUUUCAGGCUCGACCGCGGCACCGAGUGGAGGAGCCGAUUCUUCCAACGCCAUCGUCAUCGACAGCGACGAUGAGGACGAUGUUCCGCUUGCCUUUGUGCCCAAAAGUGGAGAGAGCAGCGAGCCACCACAGCCACCGCCGCAGCCUCAGCCGCAGCCGCAGCCACAACCAUCAAGCAGCGCCAGUCUGCCUGCCACUGCUACGGCAGCUCCCACGGGCGCGAUUGACCUCACCGGCGAUGACAGCCCUGCCCUCAAGAAUCUUGCUCACCCGUCCACUUCGACGGCACCCUCUGUGGCGGACCCUGCGAGCUCGACAAAAGGCACAGAAGCCGACGAUGAUCCAGGUUCCGACCUCUUUGGCGACGGCGACCACCAGAGCACCGUGGGCGAUGCGGAGAGCAAGGACGGCGACUCUGCGCCGCUAGCUGCCACCGCUGCUCCUGCCGCGACAGACCCAAGCGCGGCAACGACUGGUCAAGCCGGCACGACCGCUGGAUCCGGCAGCUUUGGCGGUAUGGAUCUCUCCUCGCUCGGCAUCGACAUGUCGAACCUGCCGGAUAUGUCGGCCUUUACCUCGAGCUCGGGCGGUGCGGGCGCAAGCGGCGGUAUGGGCGGACUCGACCUGUCCUCGUUGGGCGGCAUGAUGGGUAUCGACAUGAGCAGCUUCAACGCUGGCACGACGGGGUCCGGCGGAGCAACCGGCGGCGGUGAUCCUGGAGACGCAGGUUUCCCGAUGGGUGGCGACGGAGCUCCUGACAACGGUCUGGGCGGCAUAGACUUGAGCAGCUUCGACUUCUCCAGUCUGGCGGGAUCGGGCGGCGGCGAAGGCGACGGUUCGGGUGGGGGCCUUGACCUCAGCAGCUUUCUGCAGAGUUACGGACAUGGCAACCAAGGCUCCGGGGCCUAA